AUGGUGCGGAGGAAGCUGCUCCCAUUGGAGGGAUUUGGGGGGCAUCCGAAUGCAGCGUACUUGCCUCUGGGAGAAUGCCAAGGGGACUGUGAUAGCGAUGACGAUUGCAAAGGUAACUUGAAGUGUUUCGAACGUGGUCCGGGCGAUCCAGUGCCGGGUUGCGAAGGCGGGGAAGAAGCCAUGAGCAGAACAGAUUAUUGCGUCAGUCCUUCUGCCAAUACUGGCUCUGGUGGUUCGGAUGGUGCCAGCCAACGUUACUCGUCUUCUGCUCAGUACGAAAUCAACAUAAAACCAGCUUCGGAGCAGUCCGAGUCGCUGGGGCAAAACGUACAACAACAAUCUUCGACUCAAUCACAGGCGCAAAACGACCUUGUUGGAUUCGGGGCGACACCGCCAAACGGAAAAGUUCUCGCAGAGUGCGAGGGGGACUGCGACAAUGAUCAAGACUGCGACGACGGCCUUGUUUGCUUUCAACGUGGGCCGGGAAAUUUUGUUCCUGGAUGCAAUGGGGGUCAAGACAACUUGAGCAAGAGCGAUUUUUGCGUCAAGAAGGGCCUCGCUGCCGCGGUACGGAACAGUCAAGGGAGCUCGAGCAGCGCGACAAUCUCGUUUGAGACCAAUGCCGCCAGCGGAGGCGAAUCAUCACUCUAUGGUGGGGCCAGUGGCUCCCAAUCUCAUGAAGGGACAAACAGUGGCGCGUCACCCCACGGUGACGCAUCGCAUGCCGACUCUGUUGUGCAAGAAUCAGGCUCCUCGAGAUUAUCUUUGGCAGGCCUCUUUGGUUUCACCAUCGCACUCGUUCCCGUUAUCCUCGGCUACCUGUUGGAAGGUUACUAA